GCCGGGUCCGCACAGGGCGGGUCCGCACAGGGCUGCCCCGCCCCAGCGCCGACGUGCGCCCUGCCUGUGACCGUGCCGAGCGCGUCCGCCUCCCGAGCUUCGGCCGGGCCAGCAGCCGCUCCUGGCGCGCGGACCUUUUAAGGUCGAUAGAAAGCACCAGGAUGAAAGAGUAUUAAAAAAAAUAAUAGUAACACAAGCCUAACUUGUGGAGUUAUUGUUAAUUAUUGUAAUUGUCCUGAUCUCUUCUGAGUCACUACCCAUCUUCCAAACUCAGCCAUCUCAGUUUGCGAGCCUGUUUUCGUGCGCCUUGGUAACGUGUGUUGUGCGCUCACGGUAUAUACUUGCAGUAUUUGACUCAGCUUGAUUCCGCCUUGAGUCAUUUUCCUGCGGCCAUUUACUAUUGCCGUUGAGCCCUGUCCACGCCUUGGGAGUGUUCAUAUUUUGCCUAAGUCACAGUUUUCUGUGUGGGUGAGGAGGGAUCAGUUGGGUUUUGUGGGCAUAUGGUGCACUUUAGGAUUUAAAGAGCAAAGUUGCAGAUAAAGAGGCUCUGAAGUAUAAGGAAUGGGGAGAGUAGAUAGGAGUGAAGAAUUUAGUAUAAAGAAGCUUGGCUUCAAUGGAUUAGGGGAGAUUGGUAUCUAGCAUUAUCAUAUGUUAUUGUUCUCUUUGCUAUUCCAUGUUUCUGGAACAACCUUUCUGUCCGGGUUUACCAAACAUCUGCAACUCCUUAGAAAUAGCUCCUGAUCGUUAACCUUGUUUUAGAAGGCUUCUCAAUUCCAAGAUAACUGGGAGAAGCUGAUUUCCACUGCUUCCUUUUCCUAUGUCUUUUUCACACUCAAACCCAGAACAAUUCAUGUUCCGCAGCUUGUUAAAAAUGCAGUCUGUAAUUUAUAAUUUGUGCACGGUACACUGCUGACUGUGGGCUUGUCUGUUGUUUGUCUCUGUAAUGUGUAUGUCCAUUUCAGUGUUGUCUGUUUUAGUAUGCAGGUGAUAGACUAGAGAACAAGACCUCUGUCUCGGUAGCGUCCUGGAGCAGUCUGAAUGCCAGAAUGGAUAACCGAUUUGCUACAGCGUUUGUAAUUGCUUGUGUGCUUAGCCUCAUUUCCACCAUCUACAUGGCAGCCUCCAUUGGCACAGACUUCUGGUAUGAAUAUCGAAGUCCAGUUCAAGAAAAUUCCAGUGAAUUGAACAAAAGUAUCUGGGAUGACUUCGUUAGUGAUGAGGCAGAUGAAAAGACUUACAACGAUGCACUUUUUCGAUAUAAUGGCACAGUGGGAUUGUGGAGACGGUGUAUUACCAUACCCAAAAACACACACUGGUAUAGCCCACCAGAAAGGACAGAGUCAUUUGAUGUGGUCACAAAAUGCAUGAGUUUCACGCUAAAUGAGCAGUUCAUGGAGAAAUUUGUUGAUCCAGGAAACCACAAUAGUGGGAUUGAUCUACUUCGGACCUAUCUUUGGCGUUGCCAGUUCCUUUUACCUUUUGUUAGUCUAGGUUUGAUGUGCUUCGGGGCUUUGAUCGGACUUUGUGCUUGUAUCUGCCGAAGCUUAUAUCCCACCAUUGCCACAGGCAUUCUCCAUCUCCUUGCAGGUCUGUGUACACUGGGCUCAGUAAGUUGUUACGUUGCUGGAAUUGAACUACUCCACCAGAAACUAGGGCUGCCUGAGAAUGUGUCGGGUGAAUUUGGAUGGUCCUUCUGCCUGGCUUGCGUCUCAGCUCCCUUGCAGUUCAUGGCUUCUGCUCUCUUCAUCUGGGCCGCUCACACCAACCGGAAAGAGUACACCUUAAUGAAGGCAUAUCGCGUGGCGUGAGCAGGAGGCUGCGUACUCUGCAAUUGCCAUUUUUGUUAUCUUUUACAUAAUAUAUUCCCUUGCCUUUGUCCUGAUUGUUUUUAAUUUUUUUCUGAAUAUACCAUUUUAUCCUGAAAAUCCAUUUUAUUUAUAUAGAAAUACACAUAAAUGCACAACACACAUGCACACCUGCGUGCAGCUGUUUUUAAAUACCACUAAAAUUUAUAUCAUUGACUUGGAAGGAUUCCAUCUUUCAAAACAAUCUAGGUUCAGAGUCCAGAGAGAAAAAAAUGGUUAGAGACUUAGCACACAUUUGUGAAAGAAAAUUGGUAGUGAGAAGCUGACCCAAAGGAAGUUCUGACUAAUGUCUGUUAGACUUUUCAGUAAUAGUAAAGUGUAUCUGUUCAACUAGAAACUCUAGUUUCUUUGGAAAACUUCUUACUGUUGUCAUGACUUCAUGUUCAUUCUGUUGUAGGUAGCUAGUCAGCCAGAGAUUAUUAGAGGUGUUUGCAAACACGUAAGCUAUUUAAAGUAGGGAAAUUAUCUAAGAUGCUUUUCCCUGAACAUUGACAUAUAGCUUCAUCUGAGGUGAAACAUGGCAGCUGUUUAUAUCUAAACUGUCUGUGUCUGUCCACAAGAAAGAAAGUGAAAAAUAGUGUUUACUUGAAGUUUUAAUUUUGUAACUGAAAUAAUUCUAGUUCAUUCAGAACAAGAGGGUUAAUCUUUUGUUUUAACACUUCUAAAUAAGUCAGUAGGAUCUUCAGUACCACCAAACCAUUUUAAAUUUUUGUUCCUUUCCUCUUCA